UUGAACGAGGAAUUCCUAGUAAACGCAAGUCAUCAGCUUGCAUUGAUUACGUCCCUGCCCUUUGUACACACCGCCCGUCGCACCUACCGAUUGAAUGACUCGGUGAAAAAUUGGGAUCGUGAGUCCGUUUGCUUCAUUGCGAGUGGAUUGAUGAGAACUUUUUUAAACCUCGCCAUUUAG